AUGGGUGCUGAUAGAAAAUGCCGAGCCAGUCAUUUGGCUUUCAAUCUUGAAACUCGAGAAGAUGAUGAAGAACCUGAGAUUUCCAAGUGGGAAGCUAUCGUUUGGCUUUCAAUCUUGACGGCUUGGGUCUCUCUUCUUUCUGGCUAUCUUGUUGAUGCCAUAGAGGGUGCUCCGGUCUCAUGGAAGAUACCAAUCUCUUUUAUCAGUGUCAUCUUGCUUCCUAUAGUUGGGAAUGCAGCCGAGCAUGCAGGUGCUAUUAUGUUCGCCAUGAAAGACAAACUGGAUCUAUCUUUGGGAGUAGCUAUUGGAUCUUCAAUCCAGAUUUCCAUGUUUGCAGAAGGGACAUCGAACUACUUGAAAGGAUUAGUGCUCAUUCUUUGUUAUUUGAUAGUCGCUGCUAGUUUCUUUGUGCACGAAGAUCCUCAUCAAGAUGAUAUAUAA